UUUAUGUUUUGUUCAGUUUGGUUUUAUAAUCGGGUUUUGAGAUUAUUUUACUGUUUUUUCAAUUGAUAAUACAAAUAAUCGAUGAUGCAAACCAGUAUUCAUCAUUUGCGUAACCGUGCUUUCAUUUCCAAAGAUAAACUGGGACUCCUACACAAGACAUUUCAAGUAAGCAAACGUCCACAAUAUUCUCAAGAGCGAGCUCAGGGUAAUAUAGUUUUGGUUGAAGGAGUUCGAAUUCCUUUUCUAUUAUCAGGCACAGAUUACUCAAAACUCAUGUCUUAUGACUUGGCCCGAGAGUCAUUGAUUGGACUCAUAAAGAAAACCAAUUUGCCUGUGGAUGUUGUCGAUUAUAUAGUUUAUGGAACAGUUAUACAAGAGGUUAAAACUAGCAACAUAGCCAGGGAAGCAGCAUUAGCUGCAGGAAUUCCUGAACAAACGCCGGCGCAUACUGUGACCAUGGCAUGUAUCAGUUCUAUCCAGUCAAUCACUUCAGCCAUUGGCAUGAUUUCUGCAGGAGCAUGUGAUGUGGCAAUUGCAGGGGGCGCAGAAUCCAUGUCAGACGUUCCCAUAAGGUUAUCCCGGAAAAUGCGGGAAAUCAUGUUGAAGAUGAACAAAGCCAAAACAUUCUCACAGAAACUGCAACUAGUAUCAGGCAUCCGUCCAAACCAUCUGGCACCAGAACUACCAUCCAUUGCAGAGUUUUCUUCGGGGGAAACUAUGGGAAAAUCUGCGGAUAGACUGGCUGCCGCUUUCAAGGUUACCCGUGAGGAGCAGGAUGAAUAUGCACUGAGAUCUCAUACUUUGGCAAAUGAAGCAAGGGAGAAAGGCUACUUCACAGAUAUUGUACCAGUUUCACUACCUGAUGGCAGUAAAACUGUGAAAGAAGAUAAUGGGAUUCGUGUGUCGACUAUGUAUAAGCUUAGUCAACUGAACCCAGCGUUUGUGAAGCCUCAUGGGACGAUAACUCCUGGAAAUUCAUCGUUCCUCACAGAUGGUGCAUCUGCUUGUUUGAUUACAACUGAAGAAAAAGCGAAGGAACUAGGUUUGACACCAAAAGCAUAUCUAAGACAGUUUGUGUAUGUUGCACAAGACCCUCACAACCAGCUACUCCUGGGUCCCGCGUAUGCGAUACCAUUAGUCCUCGAGAAAGCAGGACUAGAGGUGAGGGAUAUCGAUGUAUGGGAGAUCCAUGAAGCAUUCGCUGGCCAGAUUUUGGCAAACCUGAAGGCGCUAGACUCUGAUUGGUUUGCACAGAACUACAUGUGUCAGGAUACCAAGGCAGGUGGACCAGACAUGGAGAAGUUAAACACGUGGGGAGGUUCCCUGAGUAUUGGGCAUCCCUUUGGAGCGACUGGGGUGCGUUUGUUGAGUCAUGCAGCCAACAGACUCAUCAGGGAGGAUGGCAAGCUGGCCGUGAUUUCUGCUUGUGCCGCAGGGGGGCAAGGGGCGGGGAUGGUUGUUGAAAGGCACCCCAAUGGUAAACCAGAUUGAACACACAUAUUUCUCAUUAUUUACUGUAUUGUUUAAAGAAUAAAAAUAUCCGUAACA